AGAACUUGCCACUUAUAUGUGGUUUAUAAUUCUCCACCACAGAAACACAAGUGUGCUUAUGUUUCAUAUAUCAUCACUUAUUCACUUGUUUGUACCAAUUGUAUUUACUAAUAGCCCAUCAGUUUCUUCACUGUUUUUAUGCAUUUACAUAUAAAAAUACAGUCUUUUUAGCUUAAGAAAAUGGAUGGUUGCUGUUUUGCUGCUAUCACUUCUUCUUCCGCUACAAUUCUCAACUUUCAGGGAGGGUCAUUUUCUGCCAACAGAAGAUACAAUUGUAGAACUGCUUCAGGUCCUCAGGUUCAGUGUUCUUCACUUGCUAACCCAUUUCUUCAACAGAAGAACAAUUUCCAAUCCCCAAUACUCCGGCAAAGCUCUUCCUGUCUCACUUUGAGAUCAUAUAAGGGGAUCAUUUCUGCCGAAGCUGACAAGAAAGGUUGGGAUUUUGGCAGAUUUGUAAAAACACUAUACUUUUUUAAUGGGCCUCCAUCCCCUGCUAAGUUCUUUGAUUUUCUAGUUGAAAAAUUGACUGGACCAGCACCAAGUGAACCUGUUAAGCCAAUGGAUACUUCUGGAAUCGUCCUAGUGGCUGGAGCAACUGGUGGUGUUGGCAGAAGAGUUGUGGACGUUUUGAGGAAAAAAGGAUUGCCAGUUAGAGUUUUGGUCAGAAAUGAAGAGAAGGCCAAGAGAAUGCUUGGUCCAGAUGUUGACAUGAUUGUUGGAGAUAUAACCAAGUCUAGCACACUACUCCCGGAGUACUUUAAAGGAGUGAAGAAAGUUAUUAAUGCUGUUUCAGUUAUUGUUGGCCCAAAGGAAGGUGACACUCCUGAACGGGCCAAAUACAACCAAGGGAUCAAGUUCUUCGAACCAGAGAUUAAAGGUGAUUCUCCUGAAAUGGUGGAGUACAUUGGUAUGAAAAAUCUGAUUAAUGCUAUAAAGGAAAGUGUAGCACAACGAAGUGGAAAGCUAGUGUUUGGAUUUGAUGGUGAUUCAUCUAGAGAUCUUCCUUGGGGUGCUUUAGAUGAUGUUGUUAUGGGAGGGGUUAGUGAAAGCACAUUCCGUAUAGAUCCAACAGGGGGUGAAAAUGGCAAACCCACUGGGAUCUUCACAGGUAUAGUUUCCACAUCAAACAAUGGAGGCUUUACUAGUAUAAGGACAAAGAAUUUCACAAUACCCGAAGAUGUUUCUGCAUAUGAUGGAUUUGAAUUACGCAUUAAGGGGGAUGGGCGGCGUUAUAAACUUAUUGUUCGUACUAGCCGUGAUUGGGAUACAGUCGGAUAUACUUCAGGCUUUGACACUGUAGAAGGAUGGCAGUGGGUACGUGUUCCAUUUUCUUCUUUGAGACCUAUAUUUCGAGCACGAACAGUACAAGAUGCACCGCCCUUUGACCCAAGCCAAAUUAUUUCUCUGCAGCUCAUGUUCAGUAAGUUCGAAUAUGAUGGAAAGCUUAACCCCACGUUUGUAGAAGGUCCAUUUCAGCUUCCACUGUCAGUUAUACGAGCAUAUAUAAAGGAACCAAUCACUCCCAGGUUCAUACACGUGGGCUCUGCUGGUGUUACUAGAGUUGAGAGACCUGGACUUGACCUGAGCAAGCAACCUCCAGCCGUACGCAUGAAUAAGGAAUUGGGAUCUAUUCUAACCUUCAAAUUAAAGGGGGAGGAUUUGAUUCGGGAAAGCGGAAUUCCAUAUACAAUUAUCAGGCCUUGUGCAUUAACUGAGGAACCGGCAGGGGCUGAUCUUAUAUUUGAACAAGGGGACAAUAUAACGGGAAAGAUAUCAAGGGAAGAAGUUGCUUUAAUAUGUGUUGCUGCUUUGGGAAGCUCAAAUGCAUGUGACAAAACAUUUGAGGUUAAGAGCGUGGUUCCAUUUAGUGAGCCAUUCACAGUAGAUCCAGAGAAUCUCCCCCCUGAGAAAGAUUAUGAUGUGUACUUCAGCACUUUAAAAGAUGGAAUUACCGGGAAGGAAGCCCUGGAAAAGAGUCCUGUUCCUGUUUGAUGGGUGAAGUGAGUAUCAGAAUUUUACUCCUAGUUCUCAUGUAACCCAUGAUUUGGACAUGGAAAAGCUGAAGGAAACCGAAAACUUUGCUGCAGGUGUUUGGAAGACUUGGCUGUCUUUAUAUGAAAAUUAUAUAUAUAUUUAUAUACAAAUUCUAGAUAUACA